CACCGUAUUCUAUACCAUGACUUGCGCGUUGUCAAGUGCGAUUUCAGCUUCGAAAGCUCGGCUCCUGCCCGUUUCAGCAAGACACCACACUCAACACUUUUCACAAUCUUCGCGUCCGCGACACGAUGUACCAAUAUGCGAUCCCCUUGGCUGCCAUCACCUUCUCUUAUCUCUUCGGCGGAGGAACCAAGACCCAACAACACUCGGGUCGAGGUCAACAGAACCAGGGCAUUCUUGAGAAUCUGACGAGCAAUUGGAGGUCUGGUGGAUGGGGGGAGAUGAGAAGGAUGAUGGGAUUAGAGACUACGGCCGAGGAAGAAGAGCAGAGGAGGAGGCGGAAGGACGAUGAGGAGCGAAACAAGAUGGACAAAAAAAGGGAGAAGGAUGAGGACGAAGAUUAUGAGCGGAAGAGGGAAGAGGAUAAGAAGCGAGCGGAUCGAAGGAGAGUGAACAUGGAGAGAGACGAAGAGCAUAUGCGAAGAGAACACAACGAAGAUGAAUACUCAAGACGAAUCCUGGCCCGACCUGAACCGCAUCGAUCUCAUGGCGACGAAUCGAGUGCUGCCUCCGUCGUCUCAGCAGCAACCUUAAUCGCUCAGGCCAUCGAUCGACCACCUCACCCACAACAAAUCCGAUACGCCGAUUUAUGGCAAGAAAUCCUCAUGAAAAGUGGUCCCUAUCUUCAAGCAUCCGGCCAGUGGUUUGAUACUCCUAAUCCGGCCAUAGCCCCGAGCGUAUACCCAGACUCUGGUUACCGCUCUAUGGUGAACGACUCGCAACCCAUUGUAUCCGGUAGAGACAACGGGGUGAACUAUGAUCGAGCGGCUCAGAGAGCUCUGGAACCCGAAAACGGUUCUGUUGAUCGAUCUCGAUCUGGAGGUCCAGGAUCAGGACCCGAUGUUUUCGGGAAGGAUAAUAUAGGGUCCAGAGGAAUACCUGUGGAUUCUAGCCGCGGUUCUGACCUUCGCAACGGACAAGGAUCGGGCGAGAAUGCAGAUUACUAUAGUAGUGAGUACCAGGAGCGGACACGAGCAAAUGAAGCUCCUGAUAUGAUGGGGGCGAUGGGGAGUCGUCUAAACGAUGAUGCGAAGCGAAGGGGGAGAGGUCAAGAUACAAGAUCGCAGGACGAGGAAUACGGGAGAAGAUCUAGGUCCGGAGGCGGACCGGAUUUCGAUGACGCUUACGUCAGAACCGUUGACAGCAGAAGGAAUGGCGAUGGGAAUUAUUAUAGGGAGCGUUCUCGAGGAGAUUACCAGGAUGGAGGUCGUCGGAACCUGAGGAGGAGUCCUAGCCGUCGUCGUGCAGGACAAGACUACGAAGAAGACUACGAUCGGAGGAACCACGCAGACGAUUAUGACGAGGAGAGGCGGCGUGGACGGAGCCGGGCAGGAGGCAGUCGAUACGACGACGAUGAGUAUGGCGUAGACGGCCGUUAUGGAAGUACGAGCAGGCAUCGCACGAAAAGGGAAGAACGGGACGCUUACAAUCAACGGAGGCGCUUGGACCCCCAUGCGAGGGGUCAUGAGGAUCAUCUUUCGCAUCUAGAUGAUGACCGUAACGGUCGACAUGGAGCAGAUGGCCAACUCACAGGGGCUGCCGUCGGAGCAGGAGCAGCAGGUGGAACAACCAUCAUCAACAACGUCCUCGGCGGCUUUCCGAUGACUGCCGGUGUAGUAUCAUCUUCUGACCCUGCUCCAGCGGCUCACACAUCUAUUCCAGAACCGGCUUCAGAGCCUAUCCAGCCGGAGACUGUCAUUGAAGAGAAACCGACAGAGAAACUGGGACCUAUGCGGACCGAGAGGCAAAUACAGAAAGAGCAGGAAAAAAGUAGGGCAGAGCUCUGGGCUCGAGCGAACGAACAAAGGGACCUCACAGGCGGAAAAAAAGGCAAUGCAGACGCAGGUUCAGCUAGUCAGAAGGCAGAGGUAUCAAAUGGGUCCACUCAGCCGGAAGAGCUACCUACGGAGCCAGUUACUGAAGACCCCAAGCCCAGAGAGGAUGCGAUGAACGAUAGCGGUUCAAGAGGUCCUGAGAACUCGUCUCCCAAGCCUACCAACCCGUCACAUGACCGAAAUGUAUCGCGCGAGGGCGGAGACCAAUCUCCUGACAGGCAAGGUGCCGCCACGCCGACAGACGGCAGUGGUACAGGUACUCGGCAGGGAUCUUCUCCAGCCGAAAGCCAGCGUGGCCAUAGCUCGGUCGUGGAUCCCGCAGUAGACAUCUCGCCUACCCCGAUCAAGCCAAGUGGAGACCGCCAAAAAGACAUCCCGCCAGUCGAAUCUGGAAUGGACAGCUCGAGUAUCCCACCGAAAGAUUUUGACCCCGAAAUGAAAAAUGCUGGGUAUCAGGACGACAAAGCGAACGGCGAACGAUCGUCUUCUGUCAGCCCCAAGACCAGUCCUACAAACCAGCCAGACAGCAUCCCUUCGCCCGCUAGCUCAAAAGACUCGGCUAUUUCUCUCGGAUACGAUGACCGCAACAGACAAAUUCAAAGGCCAGAGUCAGCAUCACCGGACAAAGAAUCCCCCAUCGCGACUCAAGCAGUAAAUGUUCAAGAUGGCGCGAAACGGGAGCAUGGUCUCGUGAAAACGGGAAAACAAAGGUAUUCAUCAAAGGCAGAACUUGUUGCACCCGACGCCGCAAUCUCACCUGUAAGAAUGGCCGAAAAGGAACAAUCUGACCACGGAGUUUCGACCGGCGCCAGCUUGCUCAAAGAACCUGAAGAUCAUGUGGGAAUGGAUCACACCAUGACGACUUCGACAUCAACUACCUACCCACGGGGGCAAAAGCGGCGCUGGGCCGAAAAGCGCAUGCGAGAAACCACCAAGCAUGCCAUGCAAGCGCAGAGUUCCGUGCUCAAGCGCCACAAUGCUGAUCAAACUCGCCUUGAAGAGUUCGCCCAAGAUGGCGUUCUUGUCCUCGGUCGUGAUGGUCAUCUACCUGAUCGGCGCCGUCUACCUAGGGAACCAGGUCGCAAAUAUAUUGCAAGUGACAGCGCCGUCCUCUCAACUCUCCCGCCGUCAAUCGCCAAGACCGUCAUCUAG